UCCUGCACAGCACACAGGCAGAGCCUUGUGACACACAGCAAGGCAUCAGCCAUGAACCACAUCAUUACUGUCCUAACGGUAUGCUUCUGCUCUGGUUGGCUGUCCAUAGAAUCAGAUGCAAACACAGAUUUACAUCAAAAAAAUCUAAUUCCACUUGGCUUAAGCUCUGCUGUGAGAGGAAUAUGUAGCACUUGGGGCUAUGGUCACUUCAAACAGUUCAGCAACAAAACAUAUGACUUCAUAGGACACUGCAAGUACAUACUUUCUGCAGACUGCUCAAGUUCAGAUCCGUAUUUCAGCAUUCAGUUCAAACGUGAUCGCUCAGGAAAAAUUAUCCAGAUUGAAGUUGUGUUACCACUCGUCACUGUUCUGUAUGAGAAUUCCACUAUUGUAGUCAGCAGUGAAGGACCAGUAACCUUGCCUUAUCACUCUAGCCAGAUUCUGAUUCAGGAAUGGGGGGCCAGUUACAAGAUGAUGUCUGAACAACAUGGGCUUAAACUAACAGUAUUUUGGGAUGAAGGCAGUUUUUUACUGGUUUCAAUUGAAACUCAACACUCAAUCCAAACCUGUGGCCUCUGUGGUGAUUUCAACAGCUUACAAGUGUUAAAUGAUGUUGGAGGUGAAGUUUUAAGCCAGAGUCCAGUAGAAAUUGCUAAUUCAGAUAAAAACAACAGUCCACGAGAAGUAUGUUUACCUGUGAAGCCAACAGAUAUUGUGACUCCUUCUCCACAAUAUCAAGCAAUCUGCACAAAGCUGGUGAACGACGUGGCUCCAAACUGCAAAGUAAGCAAAACACAGUAUGUCAUAAGUUGCCAGAAGGACCUCACUUACUGUAAACGUAAAGGAGACAGGUCCUGUUCAUGCACUACCUUAUCGGAGUAUUCCCGCCAGUGCGCUAUGCUGAGACAGCAAGUCGAAAACUGGAGAAGAAAUGACCUUUGCCCACUGGACAAAUGCCCAGGAAAUCAGAUCUACAUGGAAUGUGGAGCCCCCUGUGCGCCUACCUGUUCAAACCAAUUGUAUUUGUGCACUGCUACCUGUAUAUAUGGCUGUUUUUGUCCUCCAGGCACUAUGUUAGAUGAUAUUUCUGGUAAUGGUGUAUGUGUUCCAGUUGAUGAAUGUCCCUGUCUGCUCUUUGGAGAGAAGUAUUACUCUGGUGAACGAGUUACAAAGCCAUGCAGAUCCUGCAUAUGUGAUCAAGGUCAGUGGACCUGUGACCAGUUACCAUGCCCAGGAAAAUGUACAAUUGAAGGAGGUUCAUUUGUCACAACAUUUGACUCAAGGACUUACCGAUUCCAUGGAAUUUGCACCUAUUUGUUGGUGAAGAGUGCAGAUUUCCCUGAUGGUUUGACUGUGGAAGCAGAGUUUGGGAGCUGUGGUUCUGCACAGACAGAAACAUGUUUGCAACAAAUCAUUUGCAGACGUUCCAAGGAUUUGAUUCUAAUUUCGGCAAGCCAAGUGAAUGUCAAUGGAGCACCACAACACUUACCAUACAUAUCAGAUUGCAUUACCAUUGUGAAGGAAUCAUCCAUGUUCAUCAGAUUAAGCUAUUGCUCAGGACUGAAUGUUUUCGUUCAGCUGUUGCCAGUUUUCAGUGCCUACAUAAUCGUUGACACAAAUAUUACUUCUACAGCAGGACUCUGUGGAACACACAACCAAGAUUCUACAGAUGACUUUUUGAGUAGCCAUGACGUAUGUGAAAGGGUUGCACAUGUUUUUGUGGACUCCUGGCGGUUGCGCUACAACUGUGAUCCUUCAAACGACAGGGCAAUAGAUCCUUGCAGUACAAGUCAAAUCAUCAAGGUGUAUGCAGAAUCAUCCUGCUCAAUACUUAUUAACAGUGAAAGUAUUUUCAGUAAAUGCCAUCAGUAUGUGGAUCCUACAGAAUAUUAUAAGAGAUGUAGGUACGUGUCAUGCAACUAUGACAACACUAAUGCAUACAUGUGUGAGUCGCUUGGGAAUUAUGCUAGAGCCUGUGCAGCAAGAGGACUAAUUCUGUACAACUGGAGGAAGGCUGUUAAGUGCAGCAUUCCCUGUGCAAGUAACAUGAUAUACAGCUAUAAUGCUAAUGCUUGCAACAAGACAUGCUUUUCCUUAUAUAAAGAAAACAUAGACUGCAGCAGUGACUUAUUUCCAAUAGAAGGCUGUGUCUGUCAACCGGAUACUUACCUGAAUCAUGAAGGUGUAUGUGUGAAGAAAAGUAGUUGCCCAUGUUACACUGAUAAUGGUGACAUUUUGCUAAAUGAUCAUCUCAGAAUAAUUGAUGGGACUUUCUGCCGCUGCAUUUAUGGAUCUUUGCACUGCGAACAUGGUGAACAUGAAUAUUGCCCUCCUCCCCAGCGUUUCUUUAAAUGUUCAGCACAACAGAGAGAUGGUGAAUAUGGAGCAGCGUGUGCACCCACCUGUCAGAUGUUAGCAACUGGAGCACAGUGUUCAGCUACUGAAUGCAAAUCAGGCUGCAUUUGUCCUUCAGGACUCUAUCUGGAUGGAACGAAUGAAUGCGUAGAACCAGAUGAAUGCUCCUGUGAAUUUAGUGGUGUAUCUUAUCGAAAGGGAGAAAUAAUUUAUACUGGCUGCCAGGAAUGUGAAUGUCUUGGAGGCAAAUGGAACUGUUCAUAUAAUCCAACAUGCCCAGGAAAAUGUGUAAUUUAUGGAGCAGGACAUAUUACUACAUUUGAUGGAAAGCGAUAUCUGUUUGAUGGAUACUGCUCUUAUACAUUAGCUCGGGGUUCAUUUGGCGAUAGCAGUACAAAUUUUUUGUUCAGGAUUACAGUUGAUAGAAUAAUCUGCAGCAAAAGUGGAACAGCUUGUUCCAGAACCGUCAAUGUGUAUACUAAGAAAGCACAUUACAAGAUUGGCUACAAUGGCUACGUAAUUUCUCCUCCAACUGCUAUGAAGAACAUUGUAAUUUUGAACAAUAGGAUUAAUGUGAUUGCAGAAAUUACAACCGAUAUUGUUAAAAUAAAGAUUAUUUGGAAUAAACUAAAUAUUAUCAUCCUGAUCUCCAGAACCCAUGCAGGUUCAGAGCUUUCUUUCAGUGGUCUGUGUGGUAAUUUCAAUGGGAAUGUGAAAGAUGACUAUACGACUCGAAGUGGGAUGAUCGUUUCUAACGUAAUUGAUUUUGGAAAUUCAUGGAAAAAUGAUCCAGCUUGUGAUGAUCUAAAGGAAGUGUCCCAGCCCUGCUUAGACAAGCCACACCGUAGAGCAUGGGCAGAAAAAAAGUGUGCAAUUAUCAACAGUAAUGUAUUUGCUGCCUGCCACUUAUUGGUCUAUCGCUUACCAUUCUAUGAUGCUUGUGUACAUGAUGCCUGUGGAUGUGAGGAAGAUGGAGACUGCACAUGUCUGUGUGAUGCCAUUGCUGUAUAUGCCAAGGCCUGCUUAGAUGCUGGAGUCUGUAUUGAUUGGAGAACACCUGAUUUCUGUCCUGUUUACUGUGAUUAUUUCAACAAAAUGAAAUCUAAAAAGCCCAAAGACUAUUCUUAUAACAGUUGGCAUUAUCAACCCUGUUUGUGCCCAAAUUUUGUUGCAGGCUUCAGUGCCACAAGUUACAUAAACAUUGAAGGAUGUUACAACUGCUCGACAGAUGAAUAUUAUGAUAAAGAAAAUAAAAAGUGCACUCCAUGUAAUAAACUGCCAUUGCCACUGACAACUCCUGAUUCACAAAGUACUUAUAAAAUUAAGAAGGCACAGUCUGAGGAUGCUGCUGUAGACCCCUUUUUGAGCAAGACAACACUUGCUUUCUCUGCUGAAGGAAUUGGUCAAGGGCUUUUACCUGACUCUUUCACAUAA